UUUAUUAUCUGCUAGAUUUACUUAGGUCCAUUUUUCAGAUGUAAAAAUAUCUAAUAAACGCAAUAUUGAUUAAAUAAAAAUAAAAAAGGUAAAGUUGGUAUGGGAUUCGAACCACGAUUAUCCACGUCCGAAGACCAAAGACCAUUUCUCGUCACCACCCGCUCCAACUGUCAACACAUAUUACUCGAUAAAGUGGGAUAGUCACGUCGUCGAUAUUCCCCUUAAAUUAAAAAGAGACUACCGACCAAAUAGGCUCAUUUAUCUCUGUCGCAAGCGUCACCCAUUUUAAGAUGACAGGGCGCAAUCUAGAGUAUUAUAUAUCUAUGGUUUUGUGUGACGGUAACCUAACCUAAACUUACUUCGCGCCCUAAACUUCUAUCGCUACCUUCGUUGUUUACAAAUAGACAUUUUUUGUUUUGUUUAUAUGUACUUAUUACGUUACGUUAUAGUUACGAUUUCUCUUAUCCAAAAAAAUUAAAACUGUGUUGUUAAAAAUGUCCAUUUCUAAUAGUGAACUACGUGAACAAAAGAAAAUUAAAAAAACCAAAUACCUUCAAAAAUAUAAAAAAGAAUGGGAACAGCUGCCCGAGUUUGAAGGAUGGUUACAAAAAAGCGAAAUAUCUGUACAAUAUGCAACAUGUAAGUGUUGCAACAAAAAUAUUAAUAUAACAAGCGGAAAGGAGGCUUUAAUUAAACACAAUUCAAGCAAUGGUCAUAAAGAAAAAUAUGAUACUCUAUCUAACCAAUCAUUGAUUACAUCUUUUAUUGCUCAGCCUCAGCCAGGUACAUCUGCAAGAAGUUUAGAGAAUGAAGUCGAUGAAGAAAACUGCGUUGUGCAAUUAAUAAACGAAGUGGAGCAAAGACCUGCGCUAUAUAAAAAAAGUUUAAAAGAGUACUCCGACUCGAAUAUGAGGAAAAAACUUUGGGAGGAAGUUUGUGAAGCAGUGUUCGCCGAUUGGAAUGAGCUUAGUGUCGCGGACAAAACAAAAAAAGGUCGCGAAGUGCAAAAAAAAUGGUCUAAUUUAAGAACUUGCUUUCGCCGAGAAUUGACCAUACAAAAGAAUACCAAGUCGAGACAAGCUGCGACCAAGAGACGUAAAUACAUGUACUUUGAACAAUUAUUGUUUCUACUUCCAUAUAUGGAAAAUCGAAAUACCGAGGGUAACCUGGAAGAAGAGGACAAUAAUUUUCAAGAAAAUGAUGAGGAUGAUGAUCAAGCUGGACCAUCUAAUUCCACCACCCCUAUUCGUAAGCAGAAGAGGCUUAAUGCAUCGAAGACUACGAACGUGGAUGAUGCUUUAGUAAAAGCAUUAAAUGAAUCUAAUGGUCCCGAUGAAGAUGUAAACUUUGCUUUGUCUCUAGUCCCUUCACUGCAAAAUUUAACGCCAGAUGAAAAACUUGAUGCUAAAAUAGGCAUACUGAGUGUGUUUAAAGAGAUAAGGCUAGCUAGGUGUGGCCAGUCUUCUCAACCAAUUUUCAUGUACAAUGAAGUUCAACAACCGCUGUCCUCUGUUCCUAAUCAUCGAGGGACCAACAACAUGCCACCACAGCAACACUUUCAGACUUCUACAUUCAGGUCUACACCAUCCUCCAAUUCGCUGCCGAAAAUCAAGGGUAUUCGAAAUAAUCCGUCACCCGGAAACUCCAGCGACGUAUCCCAGUCGUAUUAUCCAAAUGAAUACCCUUCAGAUGAGUCUCAAAUAGGGGUCGCCAACUUCUUGAAAGUUUCAAGAUCUUGUCUUGAUCAUGUCAUGAAAUCAAGACAAGAUCAAGACAAAAAGUAAUUUUAGAUUUCAAGACAAGACAAGAAAUCUUGAAAUAUCUUGACUAAUAAUAAAAACUAGAUUUUAUUUUGAAUAACAAAUUUAGCAUAUUUUUAAAUCGGAAUUGAUAAGCCAUGAAUUAAGGCAGAUAACACUUCUUAUGGAGUCAACGCGUAGCCGAUUUCUUGGCUUUGUUAUUAUUAAAGUUGCUCUUGAAAAUAGCCUUUCCGCAUGUACAGAUGUUGCUGACGUUCCGAGAAAAUCCUUGGCUAUUUUCGAUAAUGACGAGUAGAUAUUUUCAUGUCUUCUCCACCAAUCAAGUAUAUUUUCUUAUGACCUAGGCUCAUUUAACUAUUUUUCAAUUUCAUACUUCCAAGAUUUUAAGUUAUCAUUAUCAGCUUUCUUAACUAGGUAAGUAAGUAAUAUCUAGAUUAAAUUCGUUAUCUUCCCUUUUCAGACUAAGUACUGGCUCUGGUAUUGGAUUCUGUAAAUCAUUCUGGGAUUUAUUAAAGUAGUUAGCUUUAAAUAUUUCUUAAAAUUUUUGUACUGUCUCUGAUUAUAGAAGCUUUUCCCAAGAUGAGGAGGAAAAAGCCUCUACUUUAUGCCGAGGAUUCAAAAUAAGAACUACACAGUAUAUCCAAUUAGUUUUAAUAUAGUGUUUCAGUAUUUUAUCUCUCGCAGCUUGAAUGCAGUAAAUUAAUUGCUCAUCGGUAGCGUCUCUAUCAAUUUUAUUAUUAAGUUCAUGACACCAUAUUUCCAGUUUGUCUAAAAGUAAAUUUACUCCAAUUACCACCAAUGGGAGUGUGCAAUAUUUUCUCCUUCGAGAAUUGAAGAAAGUGUUUUAAAGCUUCUCAGAUAUAUACAGGGUGAUGAAUUGGAAAACGGACCAUAGAAAACUCAAUGUAAAAUUCUAAACUGUUGAAUUCCUGCUUCCCUAAUUAUUCUACAUCAAAAGACAUGAGAAACUAUGUGUAGAGGAUUGAAAUCUUUACUGAAAACAAUUGUUAAAAUUUUUCUACGAAUUAAACACAUUCCAAAAUUUUGUAAAAUAUAAUAAAUGUUAUCAAAGUAUUUGCCAAAUUUAGGCCACACACAGUAUAAGAAUGUGUAUAAGGUUGCCUUCGGUCACAAUGAAAUUAUUAUAUUAACAAUAUUUUGAACUUUCAGUUUUUUAUUUUAUCGUUUUUAUUGUUUAAAAAACAAUAAAGUCGAAAAGAUGUCCUCAGUUGAGGAGAAAGUAGUAAUAAUAAAGAUGUUUUAUUCAGUCAAUAGUUUGCGUACUGUCAGAAAUAGUAACGUGUGGCCUUACUUUUACGCACUUACUUAGGUAUGGCAAAUGUAUUCUAUUUUUCAAAAUUUUGGACUCUGUUUAAGUCGUAGAACAAUUUUAACUUUUGUUUUUAAUACAGAUUUCAAUCCUCUACAAAUAAUUUCUCAUGACUUUUGAUGUAAAAUAAUUAGGGAAGCAGGAAUUCAACAGUUUAGAAUUUUACAUUGAGUUUCCUAUGGCCCGUUUUCCAAUUCACCACCCGGUAUGUACUGACAAAAUUUACUGACCAGAACCAUUCUGUAUCUAACAUUUUGCAAUUACAUAUUUAGAUUUUUCUUGUUGUCGCAAUAUCAUUAAUUAAAACAUUUACACUUAAACCCCAUGUUAGCAUCUCGAAAGUUGAAUGUCAUCUUGUAGGCACAUCUAAUUUUGGCAUAGUCAUCUUACAAUUUAUGGCCUCGCAAGCACUGUUAAGUUGCAUUUGCCCUGAGUUUUUGAUUUUUUUUAACAAGGUAUUUAAUUUUACUUACAGGAGAGUUGAAAUCUAAAGUAGUAUCAUUUAUAUCAUUUUCUACUUCAAUCUCAUCCUCCAAAUAAACAAAAUCCUUUUUGAUGUCUAAACUAUUUCGAUUUGGUUCAACAAUUUUUAUGAAAUCCUGGACAGCUAAGUUUUGAAUAUGUUCGAAACAUACAAAAUGCUUAUUUUAAGCGUGCAAUUACACAUCAAUUUUGAGUUCGUCAGGAAACAAAUGCAGAUCAAGGACUCCCCCAGUGGCAGUCAAGGCUGUGUUAGCACGCAACGCAAUAAAAAGAUCGCCGGGGAAUCACUGGACCUGGUAAUCAAGAAAUUUCAAGAUCUGGAUAUUUCUUGCGUCAAGACAAGAUAUAAGAUGACAAGAAAACGUCAAGACAAGAUUUUUUAAAAUUUCUGAUUUUUUCUCAAGACAAGACGUUGUCAAGACAAGAAUUCUUGUCUUGUCGAUCCCUAGUCUCAAACAAUCUACAACAAUAUACAAAAUAAUUUAAAUAAAUAAAUAAAUAAA